ACGACAUCGGGAUGGCGACAUAUGCGCUUUGCAUAAGCAUCCGACAGAGCUUUUCCCCCGCCAGGUGUGAUGCAUCCUCGCUCAAUCUCGGCCUCUUGGAAUAGUGACAACCCACGAUUGUGAUAUCGUCUAAAAAGGCACGCACGUGCUUCAAUCUGAUCGAAAAUGCGCCAAGACGACAUCGAGAACCGGGUAGAGGUCACCGAGACCUUCCAGGACGACCUUUCAAAACCCAACAACUACAUCGACCCCUCGGACCUCGUCACCGACCAUGAAGAACACGACCUCAGCCGCGGCCUGCACCAGCGCCACAUCUCGCUCAUCGCCAUCGCCGGCGCCAUCGGAACUGGUCUCUUCUUGGGUCUCGGCGGCGCAAUCCAAACCGCGGGACCCCUCGGCGCUCUUCUGGGCUAUGCGACGAUCGGCCUUAUCGUUUGCGCUGUGCAAUUCGCCCUCGGCGAGGUGACGGCUCUCCUGCCCGUGACCGGUUCGUUCGUGCGACAUGCCGAGUUUCUCGUGGACCCUGCGAUGGGAUUCGCAGUCGGGUGGAAUAUUGUCUACGGGAACUGGUUGUCCAUUCCGACGGAGAUUUCGGCCAUUUGCGUGCUGUUUGAGUUCUGGACUGAUGUCAGCUCGGCAGUAUGGAUCGUGAUAUUCAUUGUGUUGACGUUUGGUGUUGGCAUUUCGAAGAUCCGGUGGUAUGGAGAGAUUGAAUUCGCCUUCGCCAUGCUAAAGGUGGUGUUCAUUAUCUUUCUCAUUAUCCUCGGGUUGGUCAUCAACCUCGGAGGCAUCCCCGGCGUGCCCAGGCGCGGCUUUCAAUACUGGAACAACCCGGGGCCAUUCGUGGAGUAUAUUGGAAAAGGCGAUUGGGGGAACUUCCUCGGAUACCUCGCGGUCAUGAGCGCCGCCGUCUUCAGCUUUGCAGGCGUCGAGUCUGUGGCGAUGGCUGCAGCAGAGACGAGAAAUCCACGACAAGCCAUUCCAGCAGCUUGCAAGCGCGUGUUCGUCCGUGUGAGCUUGUUCUACCUUUUGAGCGUGUUGAUCGUCGGCAUGCUCGUCGCAAGCGACAACAAGCACCUUAACGACGAGUCUGGCACGGCCACGCAGUCGCCAUUCGUCAUCGCCUCGCGAGCAGCGGGCAUCAAUGGCAUACCCUCGCUCGUCAACGCCAUAGUCAUCACUAGCGCUUGGUCCAGUGCAAACCAGGCACUUCUGGCUGGAACCCGUGUUCUCUACGGUCUUGCAUUGAAGGGACAAGCGCCGAAAAUCUUCCUGCGCACCACGAAAUGGGGAAUCCCAUAUGUCUGUGUUCUAUGCCAGACGGCGUUCAUGUGUCUCGCAUUCAUGAGUCUCUCGAAUGGCGCUCUGACAGUCUUCUGGUGGCUCGUCGACCUGACCGCCGUCGGAGUCCUGAUCAGCUGGAUCUCCAUCCUCAUCAACCACCAACGCCUCAUCCUCGCCAUGAAGAAGCAAAGCAUCACGCUCAACGCUCUUCCCUGGCACAACGGCUGGACAGUCUACUCCACCCCCGCCGCCCUCACACUCUGCGUCAUCAUCCUCUUCGUACAAGGAUACGUAGUCUUCACGCACGGCAACUGGGACGUGGCCGACUUCGUCUCCGACUACCUCGACAUCCCGCUCGUGCUGUGCGCUUUCGGGCUGUGGAAGCUGUACAAGCGCACGAAAGUGUGGGAUCUCAAGUCCAUACCGCUCGCCGAGGCGCUGAUGGCCGUCGAGCGGGAUCCGGAGCCGAAGGAGCAGGUGACGGGGUGGCGGCGGUAUGUUGCGUGGAUUUGGGAUUGAUCUGUCUGAAAUUCUUGUCGUGGAGAGGGUUUUUACAUAACGUAACGCCAAUGCCGACCU